UAGCCAGUAGAGUUGGACACGGUGUCAUAUAUAAAUCUCAUGGAAGAUUAGAUGACGCAACAAAGCUCAGUUUUCCGUCUUAUUUUGAAAACCUAACCGGAAACGCGCCUGUUGACAGUCGACAGCUUCACGUGCAGUCAGGUCUGCAGAGGACAGAGGGAAAAGGGAGCGCGUGAAUAACGGGAACUGGGUCGCUUUGGAAAUUAAAUCAAACUGAAGGAAAAACAAGGCCGAGCCUGGAAGUUAGGACACUUUAAAAAAGAAAGAAAAAGGCUGGGUUCAUCUGCUUCCACUUCUUGGCGUCUGCACAUGGAGGAGUAGCCGGUGGAGUACUGCAAUGAAAGGAGAGACGGAAACACAGGGAUGAAGAACCUCUCCACUCUCCUCCUGGACCUCUUGAUCCAUCGCAUUAGUCGCGUUUAGAGUUAAGCUGGUGUUUUUUUUUUCCAGCAUCAGACUGUAAAAACACACCCAUACGUAUCUUUUUAUUACCUCUUGCUUUGGUUUCUGGUAGUGCAUACGUAUUGACAUUUUGGCAUAACAUCAAUACUUGCGGUUACUUUUUGGAGACACACAACAGUCUUCACUGAAAUCAUGGCAAACAUGUGCCCAUAUGGCAGUUUCACCCACGCCGUGGUGCGGGGCAUCCCAGAGACCUUUGGGAAACCGGUGGGAGACGGUCAUGAGAACGGGGAGAUCUCAGUGGACCUCGCCAAAGCUCAGCGUCAGUUCGGUUGCCUGACAGGAGCCCUGAGGCAGAAGGUAGGCCUGCAGCUGAUCGAGAUCCCCCCUGACCCUGAGCUGCCAGAGAGCUGGAGGAUAGAGGAUGUGGCAGUCAUCCAGGGAGACACGGCGCUCAUCACCAGGCCCUUCAAACAGCAGAGACGCAGUGAGGCGGAGGCAGUGAGGAGGGUGAUGUCAGAGCUAAACCUGACUGUGGUGGAGAUGGGGACUGAGGAGGGGGACUCCGGUGGGGCCACGCUGGAGGGCAGCGACGUCCUCUUCACGGGGAGGGAGUUCUUUGUCGGCAUCUCCUCUCACACCAACCGCAGAGGGGCGGAAGUGCUGGCAGACACUUUCAGGGACUUUGCGGUGUCCACCGUCCCCGUCUGUGGUGGAGCCCGGCUGAAAAACAUCUGCUCCAUGGGAGGUCCGGACACUAUCAUCAUCAGCAGCAGUGAUGGGGCCAAGAAGACGCUCAGGAUGAUGGAACAGCUGACUGAUCACCACUAUGAGGUUCUCACUGUUCCAGAGGAAUCAGCAGCAAACUGCGUCUACAUUAAAGGUUCGUCCAGUCGGGACUUCCUGCUCCACCGGCCUGCAGACGAAUGUCCUGACAGCGUCUCUGCCUUCCAGAAGCUACAGGACUACACCCUCCUGCCUACGGCCUGCAGCGAGCCCUCCAAGCUGGGAGCGUCUCUGUCCUCGCUGUGCCUCCUCAUCAACAGAAAGCACACAUAUUUCUGAAAACACACUUUUAUCCAUCAGUACGUCACACGUUAUUUACCUGCACACGACAUGGUGGGGUGAGUGGGGGGUGCUCUGUAACAGGCCACAUCACAGAUUCUUGUCUAUUUAUUUGUAGGGGAAAAAACACUGACACAUGAUCCAACUGCAACAUCUGCUAACUGAUUGUCUGUAGAAUACAAGCCGAUUCUUGGCACCGCUGCCCCCUCCCCCCGCUGAACCAUCAGCACAGCACGCUGGUUUCCUCUAAUGUAACUACCCAUGACCACUAAAUCCAGCUGUAGCUUCACACUGUUUGAACUUGUGGCUAUUUUCAGUUUCCGCAGACAAAUCAGAUUUACUGAUGGUACCAGGCUUUCUGCAGAUUCACUUUAAAAAUACCACUUCCAUGAUCAUACUGGCCAAAAUAUGAAGAAAAACCAGCGGGUAUGAUUCAGCCUCCAAUUAUCACAUUUCAAUAAUCCUAGAUAUAAUCUCCUUGACAGGUGGGGUAAUGAUUUGUUUUAAUCUAAAAUUGACACUUGGUUGUUAAAACUAAUUUCACUGCAGGUACGAGAAAUAUUAAAUACACUAAACUGAAUUCAGUGCUUCAAAGCCUGCAGAGACCCAGUGGUGUGCAUUCACAGCUCCAUAAUACAGUUUGGUACCUAUUUUAGUCAUUUACAGGACAUGUAGCUGCUGAGAAUAGAAAUGCAGUUUUUAAGUCUUUGUUUUAGCUUUAUGUAUGAAUUUGUAGCAAGUGUAGCAAUGCCAAUAAAACUCAACUGAA